AUGGCGACCAAAGAGAACGUCGAGCCUCAUGUGUUCCAGGACAAGGAAAUCCUUGGAGAUAAGGCCAAUCUGUCUCAUGAGGAAGCAAUGCAUUUCGGCGUGUUGACGCCUGAAGAGCUCGAAACUGAGAAGCACCUCAAAAGAAAAAUCGACAGCUUGAUCAUGCCGAUGGUCGUUCUUGUAUACCUCAUGAACUACAUCGACCGCAACAACUACGCUGCCGCCAAACUACAAGGUCUCGAGGACGAUCUCAACCUCACGCCUGCUCAGUACCAGCUUGGCCUCUCCAUUCUCUUCGUCGGCUACAUCCUAGGACAGGUGCCGUCCAACCUACUGCUCAACCACACGGGCCGACCGUCGCUCUAUCUGGCGUUCUUCACCUGCGCUUGGGGCACAGUAUCUGCUUUGACUUGCCUGUGCAAGAAUUUCGCUGGCAUCGUCGCCUGCAGAUUUCUGCUCGGCAUCGUUGAGGCGCCUUUUUUUCCUGGAGUCCUCUUCUACCUCUCGAAAUGGUAUACCAAGAAGGAACUAAACCUCAGGAUGAGCAUCUUCUACAGCGGCAGCUUGAUCUCCGGAGCCUUUGGCAACCUCAUCGCAGCGGGCAUCCUCAACGGCCUAGGCGGCAAGCGCGGACUCAGCCCCUGGCAAUGGCUUUACAUCAUUGAAGGCGCCAUCACCGUGUGCAUCGGGAUUGCAGUAGCCUUCGUCCUACCCGACUUCCCGCACACCUGGAACCGUCUGACUCCAGAGAUGAAGCACGUCGCAAAUCGCCGUCUCGCCAUUGAAGCAGCUGAAGCCGACGUGGACGACGCGGGCGGCAUGUCCCAGAUCAAAGGCUUGAAGCUCGCGUUCCAAGACGUGACGACCUAUAUCCUCGCCAUCGCCUACCUCGCUACCGUCGGAGCCGCCGGGUUUCAGAAUUUCUUUCCUACUCUGACUGCUACGCUGGGCUACUCCCGAACGAUCAGUCUCCUGCUUUGUGCGCCGCCAUAUAUCUUCAUCACAUUCUGGGCACUCGCGCACAGCGUGUACAGCGACAAACUUAGCAAUCGGUUCUGGUUCUUCAUGUAUCCCAUCCCCAUCACGAUCAUUGGCUUUGUCAUCUUUAUGGCCUCUGAUAAUUUCGGGGCAAAGUACUUUAGCUUGUUCUUGAUGUGUUUUAUCUUCAGCAUGAAUGGCACGACAUACGCCUGGAUCGCCGGCGCGAUCCCACGCCCCCCAGCAAAACGAGCUGCUGGUAAGUCCCUCGCCACCACCUUCUGCUCCGUCCCCUCUCCACCUCUUAGUCCGAACACUACUGAUCCCCCACUCCCAGCAUUCGCAUUCAUAAACUCCAUGGGCAACUCCUCCUCAAUCUGGACCCCCUUCACCUACCGCCCCCAAGACCGUCCGCACUACCGGCCCGCCCUCGGCAUCAACAUCGCCCUCCAACUCAUCGCGGGCGUCUGCGGACUGUGGCUGCGCUGGGUUCUCACGAAGCGGAAUAAGAGAUUGGAGAGGCUGGAGAACGAGGAUGUGGAACUCAGUGAAAAGGAUCUGGCGCGGUUGAGGAAGACGGCGGAGGUGGAGGGGAUUGAUCUUGCGGCGGCGAGGAGGUUGCAGAAGGGCUAUCGGUAUAUGAUUUAA